AUGCGACUUUCCUACCUCCCUACCGAAGCUACAGUCCUUUCAACCCUCUUAUUUCCUCUUCUCUCUACUGCCCUCGGAAAUUUAGACUGCAAACGCAUAGUUGUCGACGGACAACCUUUUGAUUUGGAGCCAUUAGGUGGACCACGGUCGGCAUUACAUAGUGUUGAAGAUUACGUUGGCGACGAAGCAAGAGGAUGGACGAAUACAACAUACACAAUCGAUAUCUGCCAAGCUAUAGUCAAGAAGGGUUUUUAUGAGUGUCCAGGUGGGACGAGGGUCUGUGGCAUAACGCAUGUCAUCAACGAACAAGAAGGAUCCGAUGCGACACAACAAAUCGUUCCUUUCGCGGGUGAACUAGAAAACUAUGGCGGGGGUCCUCUCAACGCUAAAUUGGAACGACUCAGUAACUCCAAAGCCCAUUCAGAUGCAGAUAAGGAAGGCUUACGUGUAGAGCUGGGCGGUGGAUUCAUCGGACGCGGAAAGACCAAGAGACCGCAAAAAGCUAUUGUGGAAUUCAUUUGCGAUGCGAACCGGACUGGAUUGGAAAAUUUAUGGGUUCCGCCAGAGCCGAAACAGAAGCAAGCAGAGAAUCUCGACAGGAGGGAAGAAGAUGGCGGUGAGGAAGUGAUCGGGGCGCCAAGUAAUGACUCGAGUCUCCAAUUCUUGAGGUUAGAUAAGGAUAAGGGCGAUGCAGAUAUACUAAGAUUGACAUGGCGCACAAAGUACGCUUGUGAGGAUGGACCGAAGGAUGGUGGUGGUGAUGAUAAGAAAAGUUCACAUUGGGGGUUUUUUACUUGGUUCAUUAUUGUUGCUUUCCUUUCGACUGCCGCAUAUUUAAUAUUUGGUUCCUGGCUCAAUUAUAACAGAUAUGGCGCACGCGGUUGGGACCUACUUCCUCACGGCGAUACGAUUCGCGACGUCCCAUACCUACUCAAGGACUGGUCUAGAAGAGUUCUGAGUACCGUACAAGGGGGUGGAAGUAGAGGGGGUUAUGCGGCAGUAUGA